ACCAUAAGGAGUAAGGACGUGACAAUUUCUGUCCAACGAAGCAGGGCAGGGCAGGGCAUAGAUUCAAUUCGACCUCUCGCCCAGAGGGCUGGACUAGAGUCCUAAGUAGUCGAAACCAGGAAUUCCAGUUCCAGGUGACAGUAAUGGCAAAAGACGCUGGUUCCGCCGCCCAUGCUCGGAAAAAGGAGGAGAAGCGACCGCGCUCCAUAUUCGAUUUGCCGCCGGACUUCUUCGAUUCAUGUCUCCUCCUCCAGUCCCCAAUCUCCUCGGUCGAGCCAUCCUCUCAAGUCUCCGAAAUCGAAACCCUAGGCGAGGAAGCGGACAAGCACCAACAGCCCAGCCAGAGCGGCGCAACGACGAAGACUUCUUCGAUUUCGAGAUGGUCAUGCAAUACCUGCAAGGCCGAGUUCGAGUCUCUCGAUGACCAGCGCUCUCACUUCAAGUCCGACUUUCACCGUUUCAACGUAAAGCUAAGCAUUGCCGGAAAGGAUAUCGUGAAGGAGGAUGAUUUUGAUGAGUUGACCUCUGGUUCUUUAUUCACAGACUGGGACAUAUCAAGCAUAUCAGGGUCUGAAGAUGAAGCUGAAAAGGGAUCUUUCCCCCCAAAUGGCAUGGAUGGUGGAUUAAGUAGAAGUGUUAAACAGAAGCUAUAUAUCUGUCUUCAGAAGGGAGAGAGAAUCUCAAUCUGGAGAUGCUUACUUCUGGACGAGGCAGAUAAUAUCAUGUUUAAGAAUGAUAAACUUGUUCCUGCAGAAAAUGGUAACUUUAUCCCUUUCUUGAAAGAAAAGGAAGUAAUUGAGAAACUGAAAUUUUUGAUCCACGAGCCCAGGGAUAAUACCUGUUUGAGGGUUGUUCUACUUGCAAGUGGUGGGCAUUUUGCUGGCUGUGUGUUUGAUGGUAACUCUAUUGUGGCUCAUAAGACAUUCCACAGAUAUGUGAUAAGGGCUAAGGCUGGUAAGAAACAGUCGUCAAAAGAUGCAAGUGGCAAAGCUGCACACUCUGCUGGAGCUUCACUUCGCCGUUAUAAUGAACUUGCUUUAAAGAAGGAAAUUCAAGAAUUACUCGCUACAUGGAAACCUUAUUUUGAUGCUUCGUCAUGCGUUUUUAUUUAUGCUCCUUCAAAUAACCGUCAGCUACUUUUUGAUGGAGAAAAACCAUAUUUUAGUUGUAAGCGCUGUGCUAUUCGGAAUAUUCCACUGACUGUACGGAGGCCUACAUUCAAGGAAGCCAGGCGAGUUUAUAAUUGGUUGACACAAGUUUGUGAAGAAGUUGAUGAAGAAAAAACAACCAUCACCAAAGAGUCUUCUCUAUUAAGUGCAAACGAUACGAGUGAUGACUGUCUGGAGUCCACCAGUGAAAACUUGGGGGAUAAACUAGAAAGUAGGGAUACUACCGAGGCUUAUUCAGGUGUCAAAAAGUCUGAUACUCCCAUAUCCAAAGAGAGAGAGAGUGAAAUCCUUGGUACAACAACACUACUGCAUGAAGCAGCAAAGUCUGGGAAUGACCAAAAAGUUUUGGAGCUCCUAGAACAAGGUUUAGACCCUUGCAUUAAAGAUGAAAGGGGUCAGACUCCAUUUAUGCUUGCAACUGAUAAAGAAGUGCGUAAUACUUUCAGAAGGUUCAUGGCUUCAAACCUUGACAAGUGGGACUGGCAUGCUGCUAGAGUGCCGAGUGCUUUGACAAAGGAAAUGGAGUUAUCUCAAGCUGCUAAACAGGCAGAGAAAGAUGCCAAGAGGAAAGCAAGAUCAAAAGAGUUGAAGAAAUUACGCAAAGCAAGAGAAAAGAAGGCCGAGCAGGCUGAAGCUGCUUUAUCCCAGAGUGCUCCUAUAGUUCCACAGAAUCGGGGAGCCACUUCUAUUGCAAUUUCCAAAGGGCAGUCUCAGUCUACUACUGGAUCUCUGAUAUCGAAAGAGGAGGAAUUAAAAAGGGCACAAGCUGCAGAGAGGGAAAAGAGGGCCGCCGCAGCCGAGAGAAGAAUGGCAGCGGCUGCGGCAAAAGGGUCUGACGCGAACAUUGCCCCCGCCGCGGUCGCCGCCGCUAGCAGCAGCAGUAGUAGUUCGCAGCCCAGGGGAGUGGUGAGUAGUGAUGAUGUGAAGUGCUCUUGUUGUAACACAUCUCUGGUUGGUAAAGUACCCUUUCACAGGUACAACUACAAAUACUGUAGCACAUCAUGCAUGCAUGUCCACAGAGAGAUGCUCGAAGACGAAUAAGCAUCUGCUUUCCAGUUAUUCAUGUUGAUAACCAUUGUUCCGUUCUCGCUUCUUACUUCUUACCUUUAAUUUAAAAGACUACUUCAUUUGGCCGA